AAUUAAUUUAUAUUCCUCCAAUUAUUGAAGUUUAGGUAUUAGAUAAAUAACAAUAUUAUCACAAAUUGAGGAAAAUUAAAAGUUGCUGAAUUCCAGACGUUUCCUAAUCUCACACUAUAAAUUCCAACCUUUUCUAACUCAUCUCAUCACACACACACACACACACACACACAAAUAUAAUUGCAUAAUUGUAAGCCAUGGCUUCAUCCACCUCUUUGCUUGUUUCCCUUAUUACCGCCCUCUUAUUUAUUUCCAUGUUUCAAGCACAUGAAAUGGUGAAUAACGUGAAUGGGAAAGGACGCGAUCUCCUAAUACUUGAUACAAAAAUAGAUUGUGGUAAGGAAUGUAUUAGAAGGUGCCAGUUAUCUUCGAGGAAGAAGGUGUGCCACAGGGCUUGUGGCACGUGCUGCGCUAGGUGCAACUGUGUGCCCCCGGGCACUUCGGGCAACCGUGAUGUCUGCCCCUGCUACGCCAACAUGACCACUCACCGUGCCCAAUUGAAAUGCCCUUGAAGAAUUAUCUCAACUUUUCUUAUACUAUAUAUAUAUAUAUAUUCUUGUAUAGCUAGUCAAAAUGAAACCAAUCCGCAAAAUAUUUGAGUGAGAUGAAUUUUAUGAAACAAAUUAUGAAAAAGUAGGCAAAAUAAAUUUGAAUAAAAACUUAAGAAUCUUUUUACAAUCGAGUAAA